AUGGGUGAAUUAAGGACUUGGAUUUUUAAUCAGGAAGCCAUUAGGAGGGCUUUAUUUGACAAUGCCUCUUCCAAUGAUACUGUCAUGGGGUUUUUCAAAAGUAAGUUGGUGUCUUGGGGUAGCACUUUUGUUAGGUCUAAGUACAUGCACAUGAGGUGUAUAGCCCAUAUUCUGAAUCUUGUAGUGCAAGAUGGGUUGAAGUUUGCUGACAGUUCUGUUAAGAGUGUAAGGGAUGCAGUGAGAUGGUACCAGACGGUGUUUGAAGCAUAUGAGGAGAAUGAUUCUUCCUUUUCUGUUGACCUGAGUGAAUCUGUGUCAACUUUUCUGGAUUGGUUUGAUGUGAAAAGUUUAACUUUGCUCAAAAGUUUUUAUGAUAUGACUAUGAGAAUUUCUGGUUAUCUUUAUGUGAUAUCUAGCACUAUCUUCAAUGAGAUAUCUUAUCUUAGUUGCAUGUUAGAUGACAUGAUUGGGGCUGAUUCUGGUAGUGAAAUAGCAAUGGGGUCCCAAAUGAAAAUUAAGUUUGAAAAAUAUUGGGGGGACCCUGAAAAAAUGAACUGUCUGAUAUUCUUUGUCAUUGUAUUGGACCCUAGAGAUAAAGCUGAGUAUAUGCCUCACCAAUUUACUCAACUUUAUGGUGAAGUUAAAGGCAAAGAAUGUUUUGCUAAGGUCCAAUCUGCAAUGGCUGAGCUGUUCAAUGAUUAUGCAGCCACCUACUCUGUGAGUAUGGUGGAAGUACCAUUAUCAACUGUGGCUUCUGAAUAUGCUUUUUCUACAAGUGGUAGAGUGUUAGAUCCAUUUAGGAGUUCCUUAACUCCUAAAAUUGUGAAAGCCUUAAUUUGUACACAAGAUUGGUUGAGAUUACCAAAUCAAUCAAUACAAAUUGAGGAAAAUAUUGAUGACUGUGAAAGGCUUGAAAAAGAGUUACCAAGUGGAGUUAGGAGUGCUGGUCCUGCUGAAACUAGUUCAUCCCUUUCAACCAUUGCAGCAAUGAUCAUGCUUUCACCUGGUCUGAAUCAAAUUUUGGGUUGGUAUGUUGCUUGA